CGUGAGUUUGAUUUUUUCCUUCUAGUCAGGCAAUGGCCCGGCAGCUAUUGCAGCUCGAACGACUGCCCACGGCUUCGAGAUUUCGGGUUCCACUUCACCAUUCACGGCCUGUGGCCCAACUACAGUAACGGCAGCUGGCCGCAGUUUUGCACUCCGGAAGACAAAUUUGAUGAGGACCAGCUCGAAGAUCUGAUGGACGAUCUGGAGGUCGAGUGGCCGAGCACGUUUUUCAGCUCCGAAAAUGCCGAGUUCUGGGAGCAUGAGUGGUCCAAACACGGCACAUGUGCGCUGGACAUCUUUCCGUCGGAGCAUUCGUACUUUGGCCAUAUCUUAAAGCUCCACUGGCGAUACGACCUGUCGGCCGCUUUGCGCAAGGCCAACAUCUUGCCCAGUACAUCAACCGCGUAUCGCGCACAAGACCUGAUUGACGUGAUUGACGAUACGUACGGUGUACGGCCGCUCGUACAUUGCGAUGAUGAGGGCCAACUUUCCGAGAUCUGGAUGUGUUUGGACAAGGACCUGAAGCCCUUCGACUGCGACACCUCCCAAGAGGGCAACGCAUGCCAGGAGGUCGUCAUUCCGCCGCUG